GUGAGCCGAAGCUGGCGGCUUUGCCAAUCGUUUGGUGCGGGUUGCCAGACUCUUGGAGGAGGAAAAGCACUGCGUUUAUGGACGUCAAAAAUGUCUGUCAUUACAGCCGGCAUAAUUAAACAGCUCGUGAAAAUCGGGCGGCUGUGCGUGGUGGAAUCUGGGAAAGUUUACGAUGUGACGGAUUUCGCAGAAAGACACCCUGGCGGCGCAGACAAAGUGGCGAGUAAUGUUGGGAAAGACAUCACGGAGAUUCUGAAGGAUGUGAAAUCUCAUAAGCACACCUCCAACGCUUAUUCCAUCCUAAAACAGUACUAUAUCGGCGAAUACGAAAUAGAAGGCAAACACGGCGGCAAAUCACAGGGCGACUGUACAUCUACUAAUGAAGAAGUCACCAAUAACAAUGAUGGAAGCUGUUUGUUUGAGGACGAGAUGGUGGACUGGAGCAAGCCGCUCAUGUGGCAAGUGGCGGAUCUGAAGGAGAAGUAUUUUGACUGGGUGCAUCGUCCUGUGGAUCGGCAAAUCAGGCUGUUCAAGUCAGACCUAGUGGAGUACUUCUCCAUGUGCUCGUGGUACAUUGUGCCAAUGGUCUGGUGUCCCGUGGCAGCCGUCUUCACCUGGCUGAGCUACCAGAGGCUGAGCUCUGGAGAAUGUGUGUGGAGGACUCUGUUUGGAAAUGUCCAACUAACAGAGAAGUACCUGCCAGUGUUCAUUGCUUUUGGGGCUUUGUGCUGGACAUUGGCCGAAUACAUCAUCCAUCGAUGGCUCUUCCACCUUCAGCCUCCGGCCAACUGUCCAUUGCUCAUACAGUUUCAUUUCCUCAUGCAUGGGCAGCAUCACAAGACUCCAAUGGACAAACGCCGGCUUGUCUUUCCCCCUGUCCCUGCCUCAGUUCUUGGAUUCCUCAUUUACCUGGUUUACUCAGUGCUGUUUGUGGAGGGGAUAUGUUUCGCCAUGAUGGCUGGCUCCGUGAUCGGCUAUUUGAUGUAUGACCUGACGCACUACUUCCUUCACCAUGGCACGCCCACUUCCAACUACUUCAAGGAACUUAAAAGAUAUCAUGUCAUGCACCACUAUGUGGAUCAGCAGAAUGGCUUUGGAAUCUCAAGCAAGAUUUGGGACUACCCAUUUGGAACCAUCAUUCGUGAUAAAGAAGAAUAAGUUCUGGUGGUGGAGAGGUCACCCAGGUGUGAAGUCCAAGUGGUGGAGAGUGUCACACCAAUGGCCUGCUAUAUCUUGUCAACUACACAUCUACAUAUUACAACAUCUACCCAACAAAUAACUCAUACAUUGUAUUUUGGUGUCCAAUAUUUAUGCUGUAUUCCAUCCAGUCUAUAGUAAGUCUCCGUAAAUGUUGAAGUUGCUGUUGUUGUAAUGAUUCGAAUGCUACCAUGUAACAUCUUAGAUGGUUUUUUCAUGGGGUAUGUUGGAUAAUUUUUGUUUUAGUUUUAAUUGUGAAGUGUUUAUUUAGAUCUUUAGAUCAUGUAUGAUAAUGAUAUAAAUCUUUAUGGUAACAGGGACAUGAUUUCCUAUGGCAUAUACAGGUCUGAUUUCAGUAAGUGAGGGGCAAUUUUUUUUUAAUUGCAUCUGAAAUAUAUGUGCAAUCGUCAACUUAUCGUUUUACAUGGUCCUUGUUACUUUUCAUUAGAUCGUGAAAACUAGGAAUUAGAAAUCCUAGCUUUUACUUGGGGGAAAUUAUACACUGUUUUUAUUUCAACCGUCCUUAGCUGAGCUAGGGUUCCCCAGUUUUCUAAAUUUGCGGAUGGUUCUACGCAGUCGUUCCAACUGUUUUUUUUUUUUUUUUUUUAUGUCCAGCUUACUAAAAAAGACCACAUCAAGUAUGGGGCACUUAUAUGUUAGGCACUUGUUUUAACUGCACUUUUUUCAGUGAUUCACUCUAGAGUUGUCAUUCUGCAGUCAUUGGUUUUUGGUGGAGGUGCGCUAAGUCAGGUACGAUUUUCAGUUUCAGUAAUAGGUCCGAAGGCUUCUUAACAUUUAACAGUCAUCAUUUGCGAAUAUACAUUUUAGAGGUAUAGCACAUGUGUUGAUGGCACAUGUAUUACAAAGAAUGUAAACUUAUCAUUUGUAAUUGUGUCAACUGUCACAUGGAUUUUCAUAUGUGUGUCUGGAACAUAGGAAGGUAAUUUUAAAGCAUGGUUUGCAAAGCUAUUGUCUCUGUAGAAGUUUAAAUCACUGCAUUAGAUUGAUUUCCUUUGUAUGUUACAACCAUCUGGAUUCAGUUUAGAAAAAUUGCUACGCUGGGCCGAUUCUUCAAAAGCUAUGAAAGUAACUUCUUUUUAGGUCAACUGAUUUUGUCAAUAGCUAUGCCCGCAUGAAAUGGCUCUUUAAGCUUUGACAUUUUUCAGGAGCCUUCUUUACAAUGCAGUCUCAAGAUUUGUUUUUUUGGUGUACGUCUUAACUCUGUGUGGACACGGAUUUUACAACCAAUGCAUCGUCAUAGAUAAGACGGGCCCCUAAACACUGGGUGAAAAACUUUGUAAUUUUUGUUUAAACGUCGAAGCCCUUUCUUGGUAUUAUGUAGUACAUGUACUACACGGU